CCUUCCUCUCUCUGAGGCGCCACCGAAACCACCUUCCUUCGCCACAUCUCUACACGACGGUGAUGGCCCCCGCCGCCGCCGAUCGGGAGCACCAGAUCGCUGGGGAUUGGUACUCCGUCCCGGAUCUCAGCCUCCGUGACCAUCGCUUCACCGUCCCACUCGAUUACGCCGCCCCUUCCGGCCCUACUAUCACCGUCUUUGCUCGUGAGGUUGUCGCCGUUGGGAAGGAAGAGCAACAACUGCCCUACAUACUGUUCCUACAAGGUGGACCUGGAUUUGAAAGCCCUCGGCCUACUGAGGCUAGUGGAUGGCUGAAGAGAGCAUGUGAAGAAUAUAGAGUUGUUUUUCUUGAUCAGAGAGGAACAGGUUUAUCGACUCCCUUAACAGUGUCAUCUCUUUUGCAAAUCCCAUCUUCAGCAAAGUUGGUUGAGUACUUGCAAUAUUUUCGAGCAGAUAAUAUAGUAAAAGAUGCUGAGUUUAUUCGCACACAUCUUGUACCAAAUUCUGGAACCUGGAUGGUGUUAGGGCAAAGCUUCGGUGGCUUUUGUGCCGUUACCUAUUUGAGUUUUGCUCCAGAAGGCCUCAAAUCUGUUCUUUUAACUGGUGGGCUUCCACCAAUUGGAAAGGGUUGCACUGCAGAUGUUGUAUACAAAGCCUGUUUUGAGCAGGUUGUGCAUCAAAAUGAGAAGUACUAUAAGCGGUUCCCUCAGGAUGUUAAAGUAAUUUGUGAUCUUGUGACUUAUCUGGCCAAAGCUGAAGGUGGAGGGGUGCCUCUUCCAUCUGGAGGUAUUUUAACCCCGAAAGGGUUGCAAACUCUUGGCCUUGCUGGCUUAGGCUCUAGUGGUGGUUUUGAACGUCUGCAUUACAUGUUCGAGAUGGUCUGGGAUCCUGAACUAGUUCCAGGCACGGGGAAGCGCAUAAGUUAUUAUUUUUUGAAGGCUUUUGAGAGCUGGUUAGAUUUUGAUACAAACCCACUCUAUGCUCUUUUGCAUGAAUCAAUCUUCUGCCAGGGCGCUCCAUCACAAUGGUCUGCUCAAAAAAUAAGGGGCAAAUAUGAGAGCAUUUUUGAUCCAGUCGGAGCUGCAAAAGAAGGUCGUCCUGUGUUUUUUACUGGAGAGGUUCCUGUUGCUGCUGCUGUUUAUUAUGAAGACAUGUACGUCAACUUCAAACUGGCAAUGGAAACAGCUUCUGAGAUUGCAGGGAUCAGGCUGUGGGUGACAAAUGAAUAUAUGCACUCCGGACUCCGUGAUAGCGGCUGUCAAGUCUUUGAGCAGUUGAUGGGUAUGCUGCAAGGCAAGAAACCUUGGUUUUGAUUUCUAAUUGAAGCAAAAUGAUGUGACUCUUCCCACUGAUGAUUAUUAUACUUUUUAUCUGCUUCAGUUUAUUUGGAUCAGAAAAGCUGGACUACCCCCUAAUUAUUUUUUUUUAAUUUUAUUUUGGCAUAUAAGCACAACAACAUUUUAAAUCCUUUUUAGGUUUUCUUAUAUUGUCCUAUUUGAUCAUAAGCAUCAUUGCAACACUUGUUGAUAGGUAUUAAUUGUGCAAUGAGAUGACAUUUAAUUCUUUGAGCUGUCA